AGGUUCCCCUGGUGGCCCGGCCCGACAUACCAUAUAUCGGAAAGAUAUCGGGAAAAAGUCGGAAGUAUGUCGGAGCUCCAAAAAGUAUCGGAAUAAUGUCGGAAAGUUGUCGGAUCUACGUUGUAGAAUGUCGGAGAUCGGGAUGUCCGACAUCGGAGGUCGGAAAACCACCGACAAGUAGCUUGUCGGAAAGGUGGAUCUCGGUUGUCAAAUGUCGGAGAUCGGGUUAUCCUCGAAUGUCCGACAUCGGGGGUCGGAAAACCACCGACAAGUGGUGUAUGUCGGAGAGUUUAGCAGAGGUGUGGGAUGUCGGAUGUCGGAUAUCCGAAUGUCGGACUUCGGAAAGCGACCGAGGUGCGGGUUGUCGGAAUGACCGACCCGGAUGUCGGACCUCGGAGAGCAGCCGAGGUGUGGGACGCCAAUUAGAUGUCAAUGGGUCGGAAUUUUGAGAAGUUCGGAAGUCGGAAGUCGGAUUUGUAUAGGGAGAUAGAGUAAGGAGUCGAGCGCACGUCCCUUAGCGAUGUCUGCGUGACCGAGUGGUCUAAGACAUGGAACGUCGCACCAAAGGUUUGAGGUUCGAGUCCGGGUAAGUCCAAAGCCUACAAGAUGCAGCCGUCACCUGGAUUUGAUCAGAAAGUUCCCGUUUUUGUUUUCCCGCAAUCAAUUAAUUUUUAUUUAGAUGAUCAGACAACUCACAAGCAGGUUUUAACGCUAUACAACCCUUAUGAUUUUGCUGUGAAAUUCAAAGUUAUGUGCACUGCACCUAACAAAUAUAAUGUUGUUGAUCCCGAAGGAUCAAUUAAGCCUCGGUGUUGUAUUGACAUAGUUGUGCGACAUAAUGCUACAACAUCAUCUAACUGCAAUAUUACUGACAAGUUCCGGAUUCAAAUGCAGGAUCAUACUACAAAGCAGAUUAUAGGAAAAAGAGAUGUGACAGCUCGACUUGUACCAGGAGCUCAAGAUACUUCCUCAGACAGAGAUCGUGACAACUUCCAACAACUCCCAAUCGUUUCAGGAGUUUCAUCUCCCCAACAACAGCAGUAUCUGGUUAGGGAUGGAAGAUCGGGGCGAGCAGUAGCACCCAAUUAUGUGGCAGUGGCUGUUGGUGUACUAUGUUGUGUUGCUUUGAUGCUCCCAACUGAAGGAGAUCAUUCAUCCUCUCCAUUUCAUCUCUCAGUCAACUUCAAAUUGGUUCUAGCAUAUGUUUUAGGUUUGGUCACAAUGGUAGUUCUUCGUCCAUACUAGUUUAUUUCUUCUUUAUCAUUCUAUAUAUUAUUCUUGAAGACCUGCUCCUUUUAUUUUGUUGACAGUGAUUUAGUUUUGCAAUUUAUGGCUGUAACACGUACAUAAUCAAGCUAUGUGUUUGUCUCUAGAAAAUAGAAUGAAGGAAAUAAUUUUCAACAGUUGAUUUGGUACUUGGGAGCAAGGUACUACCUACCUAGAACUUUCAUAUGACUGCCAAUCUUUGUUUUUAAACUCUUCGUCAGUUGUGAUUCUCUCUCUUUCUCUCUUACAUUGCUGUGUAAUUGCUCAUGCCUUAUCGGUCCAUUCAAACUUUUAUAUUAGGGUUUUAACAAUUGAUUUUUGUUUUAGCCUCAGUCAUUUUGUUUCUUGGACGUUAACUGUGAUACUGCUAUGAAAGUGUACUUUUAAAUCAUUGUAUGUUGGGUGAAUUGGAACUGCGGGCAUUUUUCUGUGAUAUGGGUGAAUAGUAUUAAGUUAUUUUUCUAUUUGAGUUGAAACAAUACCAGAUAGAUGCUAAUAAAAUGUUAUGUACUUCUUUUUGUACUUGUAUGGAAGUUGAGAAACAAAUAUUUUUCUGUCCACAAUACAAAUUCAUUUGAUUUUUGAAGUAAAUUCUUUUGAGUUGGCACUUUAUGUAAACAUGUGCAUUAUCUUAUAUUUGACUCUUAUUUUGGAUUAUGGGCGUUCAUCAUUUUUUGAGUACCCUCAUAAAACCAAUUCAAAUUAUAACUUCAAUUGGUUUUGAAUGCAAGUGAGCUUUGUCAGUUUCUCUCUUUAGCAGUGUGUAGCUAACAUACUUGUUUGGACUUCUCUACGGCUUUGCUGUUGUUUCAUUUGCCAUUGAAUGUUAAUCAAGAAUGAAAAUAAACAUAAUCCAAAAUCAAA